CGUAUUUAACUCUUUCUAGAACCGCACUUGGACAUCUUUCUUUCCGCACGUAGAACUCAGAAGUAAAGCUAUCGACUUUUUUCCUAUUAGCAUGGGGGAAGUUGGCGAGUGCUCUGGUGCGAAGCCCUCGGUUGAUAUAUGGGCCAAGCUUGUACCAUCUGAUACUAGAUAUUCAGAAAUUGACAUAGGGUCAAAUGAGGUGGUGGUAUGCUCAGAAAUCUCAUCUUCUUCUCUUGAGAAGCAUGAAUGGUGCAAAAUAACAAGGAAUUCAAAUCUAGAUUCUGCUACAAUGCAAAAUAAGUGUUCGAACGUGAUACUUGUUGAUGGGGCCGUUAUCCAAAAUGAAGGUGUUGUUGAUAUCAAGUGUGGAACUGAAAUCAUUCUUGGACCUGAUAGAGAAGACUAUUUGAGCUACAGAUUUAAAGUGAUGCCUGGCCAAAAAUUGUGCAACCAGCAGUUAAAGAUAUCUGUUAAUGCUGAGCAUGCAAAAUGUAGCAUCUGCUUAAACAUAUGGCAUGAUGUUGUCACAGCUGCCCCAUGUCUUCAUAAUUUCUGCAAUGGAUGCUUCUCAGAGUGGUUAAGGAGAUCACAGGAGAACCAUUUGACUGUGCUGUGUCCACAGUGUAGAGCAGUUGUACAAUUUGCUGGGCGUAAUCAUUUUCUGAAUAAUAUUUCAGAG